GAUUGGUAGGCUUAGUAUUGAGUUGGUGUGCUCCUACAGCAUACGCGGCUAUCUAAUAAGUCAACUACAAUCGAACCCAACCGAACCGGUCCGAACCCAACGCGAUGACUGCUUUCCACUUGAAGGCAACUGUUCUGGCGACGGCCUGCCUAAUGCUGGCCAGUCAGUCCGCUGGCUAUACGAUGCAGGACAUGUGUGCCCAAUGGUCGGGCAGCGGAUAUAUUGGCAAUCCCGCCGAUUGCAACAGCUGGGGCUACUGCAAGGGCCAGCAGCUUAUAGGCUAUGGCACCUGUGACAAAGGUCUCGUUUACGAUUCGCAGACGCAGACUUGCCGGCCAGAAUCCACCACGACGUGUUCGACCAGCGCCCAGAAGACAUGCAGCGCACUGAAGACACCUGGAUUCGUGGCCGAUCCCAACGAUUGCACCAAGUAUACGUAUUGCUUUGGGGAUGGCACCGCCAAGACAGUAUCAUGCCCAGCUGGUCAAACGUAUGCCGCCAACAACAACACGUGCGUGUGGGGCCCAACAUGCCCACAGAACUCCAUCUGCCGUUUCAUGCCCAACAAUAUCUUUAUUGGCGAUCCGAACAAUUGUGGCCAGUAUCUGCACUGUGUCAAUGGGUACGGAGUGUGGGGCCAGUGCACAACUGGAACAUUUAACGCUGCCACCGGAUACUGCCAAAAAGCCAAUCCAUGCUCCGACGACGACACCAGUAACAACAUCAACAACAAUAAUAACCCAGAUCUUCCAGCUCCAACCACACAGAACUGCACCACAGGGGAUACGUUUAUUGCCGAUGGGAAGACUUGUUACGGUUACUACUUCUGCAAAGAUCCUGCUACUUCUAACAUUGGUGUUUGGGGCUCGUGUCCGUUAGGCUUGGAAUUUGAUCCAGACGAAAAAAUAUGCGUUUCUCCCGCUAGUUUAGAAUGUACGUAUAACCGUUGUGCAAAUACUAAUUUGACAUACGCCGUUGUUGCGAAUACAAAUUGCACGGAGUACACAUACUGUCCGACUGGUGGCAGAAGCUAUUGUAAUCCGGAAUACCCCUAUCUGGACGAGAUAAGCGGACAAUGUGUGCCCACAAAGCCAACGUACCCUGUUUGUGGACCCGUAGAAACGUAAAAGGAAAACUAUUUUACAAAAACGGACAAAAUGGAUGAUAAUAUCUUAAGGACCGCAGUGGCUUCAUAUUCAAACAUUGCUAAAGUCGAUUGCACAUAAAUAAAUAAAUCAGUUAAUCUAGCACUCUGA